GCUGCUUGUGACUUGCGAAAUGGAGCCAGGAGCAGGUCGGAACAACAAGCGUCUGUGUUUGAGGAUUUUAUUCUUAAGUGAAACACAAACAUCGACAGGCAGGACGAUAUCGACAACAGCCGCCUGGACAUUACCACAGCAGCUAACACACUUAUGAGAUGCAGCACUCGGUAGGAUGAACAGCAAUCACGAAGAAGAUGAGUUUGUUGCAGUGCGGGUCCAAGAUCCCCGCAUGCAGAACGAAGGCUCGUGGAAUUCAUAUGUGGAUUAUAAAAUAUUCCUACAUACCAACAGCAAAGCCUUCACAGCCAAGACUUCCUGUGUGCGUCGGCGCUACAGUGAGUUUGUCUGGCUCAAGAAGAAGCUGCAGAAGAACUCUGGUUUGGUGCCCGUCCCAGACCUUCCAGGAAAAUCCUUCUUCUCCUUCAGCAACGAGGACUUUCUGGAGAGGAGGAGGAAAGGACUUCAGGCCUUCUUGGACAAAGUGGUGCACAUGACAGUAUGCCUGUCAGACAGCCAGCUCCACCUCUUCCUGCAGACCCAGCUGCCGGUCGGUCACAUCCAGGACUGCGUUCAGGGCCACACUCCCUACUCCGUGACGGACGCCAUCCUCACCUACGCCUCGUCCAACUGGGGCUUGGCUCAGGCUCAGGAGGACGAUUCCAUCAAGGAGCCGAGUUUGACCGUUUCUUAUGAGUCCAUGGAGAGCCCAGCUCCUCAUCAACCGUGCCUACAAAUCAAGGAGACUUUCAGCCCUGACCUUCUCUCCUGUGGAGACUCUGACCCUCUAGAAGGUUUACUGGAGCAAUGUGAUCAGGACACGGCUGAGUUACCGCACAAGGAGAAAUCCUCAGUAAAGAUCUCCCAGGAGAACAACCAUCUAGAGGCUGUCGUCGAGUGCGACUGUGGUCCGACAGAGGCAAGCUUUUUUCUGGGUGACAACCCGGACGGCCCCGAGAGCCUCAGCCUGGCAGAACAGACCCAGCAGAAGACCUGUCAGAUACAGACACCAGUGGAGGUGCACUCGCCCAUGGGGACUGGCUUUGAAUUCUGUGGGGUGGAGAGUGUGUUUGACGAGGAAGAGGAAAGCGUUGCGACAUUAGAUACAGAAGAAAAGACUGUUCACAAUCCAGAAAUGGAGGUGACGACUGAUCAGUUGGACAGUGCUGUGGAAGUAAAUAUAGAAAAGGUCACCUGUGAGCCAGAGGAAUGUCCGAAUUCUGUAGCGAUUUUAGAUAUUAAGGACAAUGAGGAACAGGAGGCAGAAAGAGAUGCCAGACCUCAGGAAGUUCUGGAAGUCGUCUGCUCUGUGACGCAGGUUUUAGAAAACCACGUCAUCUCUGAGUUUAACGGUCUCGAUCAUAUUGAUAGCACCAACGGUCCAGUUUCAGAUGUCAGCUGUGUGGAGGAUUUAGAGAAGUCAGACGAGCAAAAAUCUGAAAGCAAAGGGGAGACUCCUCUUCAGUCAGAAGUCGAUGCUGAAACUGACGACGUGAGCAGUGUCCCAGAUGUGGAAAGUGGUCACGUAGUUCACCAGAUUGACCAAAAGCAAGUUGAAGAAGAGGUGGAUUUUGUUGGGACCAAAUAUGAGAGCGAUGAGGACAGCCACUCGCUGCCAUCCUCCAAUGAGAGCAUUGUCAAAGUCAGUGAGGAAGAAAGCGUUUAUGACGAGACUGAGGACUUGAUCCAGGCUGCGAACGGCUACAUGAAAACAUCUCCUGAGGACGUCUCUCACUGGUCCGAAGUGGAGGCCUCCGGCAGGAACAUUUUGGACCUACAGAUAAAUGGAUGCUCUGUGGAGAAAAAGGACGUUUCUGCCCAGGAGGACGAGGACCUGCAGUAUAUGACAUCUGUGGACCUUAACUCAACUGUAGCAAGUGCAGAUUUGACUGAAAGCAGUGACUUCAGCAUCUUAGAGACCAGCAGCGUGCCUGCAGUAGCUGAUAGUAAAUACACUGAGCAGGAAACCCUGUCCUCGCUGUCUUUGGACGCCCCAGACGAGACUCAUGAGGUGCAGGUGCGUUAGUUUAACACCUGAAAUCCAUGAGACCGCAUAUAUAAGCCCUGUUUAAGGGCUGCUUCACCCUCACUGAGCUUGAUCAAUGGAUGGUGGGAGUCGUCCUCUGCCAAAGACGCAUUCGAUCACACGAAGAUAAACAAAGUACAUACUGGGAGUUGUGUCUGUCACAAAAUAUGUGCACAUUAUUAUACAGUCUUCAUAUUGUGGAUGAUCUAGUCUGUUAAUGUCAAACAAGAACAGAGGCAUACUUAUAAUUUAAUAUUCAGUCAUGUUCCAGGCAUAACUUGUUUUUAAAAUAGUGUAUAUCUAAUUUUGAAAUGACUGUCUUCAUUUACACUCAGGUACACUAAAUACUGGAACAAGUUUUUUUUUUCCUCUGCUGUGCAUCAUGAUUGGCAGCAGAGGGUGCCCAAGAUCUAGAUUAAUGAUUCAAAAUUUGGUUUCCUGAGCACAUCUAAAGAAUUAAAGGUUUUAUUGUUCAGUAAGAGAUAUAAUGAAUGUUUUUGGCGCUGAAAUUUAGUCAUGUUAUGUUGCAGAGUUCACCGAUAAUGAAACAUUUGAGAAACAAAUUAUAACAGAGACAUAUACACUUGAAUGAAAGAGGUUCCGAUUUUUUAUAGCAACACUCACAUGUCCGUAUAUGCUUUGAAAUAGAAUUGCAUCGAUUACUUGAUUAAUCAAAUAAAAUUAAUGCACAAUAAUCAUUUUAGUCAUCUGAGGAUGUCACCUAAGGCUGUGGGACAUUACAACAAACAUUUUUCACCAUUUUCUGACAUUUAUGAAAUUCAGCCUAAAAUAACACGAGGCCUAAGACAAAUCAUGUGUGUUUCUUUUAGUUACAGUCUAUUUAAUACCAGUUUCACUCUGUGUUUUCCUGUAGAGCUGCAGUGAAGAUACAGUCAGACAAAUAGAGACUUCAGAAAUAAAAAGACUGUAAAUUUGGGAGUCAGACACUUCAUUUGUCUAAUGAUAACUGGAGAUUUCAUUCUACAUCAUUUGCUCUCCAGUAUGAACAGAAGGAACAAUUACAGACAUGUGAGUAUUGCUUAAAGACAGAGGGGGAAAAAAGGUGAACCCGCCUUUUAAGUCACUAGAGAAUCACGCAGUUAUUCCUGCUCUUAAUGUGAAUCACAUAAAAAUCUCUUAAGUCAACAACUGCCUGCUUAUGAUGCCAUGUAUAAUCUAUCAUUGAUCCAAGUCACUAAGUCAGGAUGGUUUGGUUUGUCUGCAGAAGAGACAAAUCCAAUCAAGAGACAAAUUACAUCACUUUAGCCGAAAAAAGCACUAAUAAAUAAUUGGGGUUUUUUUGGAUUUCAUUUCAUAAACAAUUAUCAGAAUAAGAAAUGUAAUUGAAUCAUUUGAUUACCUAAUUUAAACUGAACCACUUGUCUCAAAAUUAAAUUUAAGCAACAAUAACAUAUUCACUUGGGAACCACUGUGCAAUGAAAUCAAUACCUUUUCAGUCUCUUUGAUUCAUUAAAAUUGGCAAAAGGAGAAAUGAGUGACACCCUUAGGGGGACACCUGGUUUAUAUACACUAAACUUUAUCUGUGAAGAUUUUUCUUUUUAGUUAUUUAUUUCAGACAUUAACACAGUGCUCCCUCUUUUCUAACAAACAACAGUUGGAUUAAGAUGAGCUUAAUUAGUUUUAAAUUAAAGACUACACUGAAGAGUAUAUUUGUGGUUUUUAAUUCCACCUAGUCUGAAGCUUGGUCCUCGACAUGGUUACACACACAUGCGUGCGCACACACACACACACUUUUUGCUUUUAAAAAGGGACCCACAGUUUAUUGUAUCAUUUCACAAAGACAUGAUCCUUUACAUGUUUUUGUGGCAAAGUUAGCCGUGUUGAAUUGAUGAUCAGUGUUUCCAUGUCAACUCUGACUGUAGACUUUCAUUAAUCUUAAACUGUCAUAGCAACUACUGUUGUCGUCGGAUUGUAUAGUUCUGGGUUUUGCUAUCUGUCUACACUGUAAAUGAGCACCUGAGGUAUUUUUUGCAAACUUGAGUUGCUUUUAAAAAGUUGUUUUAUGUUCAGAGUCAAAAACCCUGCUUCUACAGAGACCUCUAUUUUAUAACAUGGAUCUACAAGGGCAAUGAUAACAACCUGAGUGAUGUGUCCGUGUAAACGUUCAAACUAUCAUCUAAUAAUUUCAUUUCAAAUAAAUAGUUUUUCUUCUUUA